CUGAGAGGUCGCUGUUGCGCGGCGCGCAGAUAAGACGUCGCGCGUGCGCGGGCGCUCCGCGGACAGGCCUGCCGGAAGCUAAGAUGGCGCCGACGUGUUCUUCAGGCCGAAGUUGGCUCCUAGUCAGUAUCUAAGCGGGGUGUUUUGGAAGGGGCAGAGGCAAACGCCCUCUCCGCCACCAUGGCCCGGCAUCGGAAUGUCCGAGGCUAUAACUACGAUGAAGAUUUUGAAGAUGAUGAUCUCUAUGGCCAGUCUGUAGAGGAUGAUUAUUGUAUUUCUCCAUCAACAGCUGCUCAGUUUAUUUACUCACGACGUGACAAACCUUCUGUUGUUGAGCCUGUAGAAGAAUAUGAUUAUGAAGAUCUAAAAGAAUCUUCCAAUUCUCUUUCGAACCAUCAGCUAAGUGGAAUUGAUCAAGCUCGUCUUUAUUCAUGCCUGGAUCACAUGAGAGAGAUACUUGGAGAUGCUGUGCCAGAUGAAAUAUUGGUUGAAGCAGUUCUGAAGAACAAGUUUGAUGUGCAGAAGGCUUUGUCAGUGGUUCUGGAACAAGAUAACAUGCAGAAUUUGAAGGACAAGAGUGAGGGAACAAUAUCUACAGGAAGGAUAGAAAAAGGAGUCUUAUUUUCUUCCUCUGAAGUUUCAGCUGAUAAUGUUCAAAAUUCUUAUCCUCAAUCAGCAAAUCAUUUGGAUUGUAGUAGCAAACCCUUUGAUUGUUCUAGCUCAAUAGCAAAAUAUGGAUCAUAUCAUAAUUCUUCAGUUCCAAGUCGCUAUUUACUUCAUAGAAAAAAGAAACUUGACAGACCUAAAAGUGAAAAGAAACUAGAAUCAUGUAAGUUAACAAAAGAGCUUUCACUAGCUGACCUAAUUCAUGAUAUACCAAGAGAUUCUUGUAAACGUCAGCCAUCAGUCAGAUUAUCAUCCACAGAUAGUCCGGAAAGUCUACUUUCAGAGAAUGUAGAUGGUGAUUUGUUAAGACCUCAGGCAUCUGUAUGUGUUUCCAAAGAUGAUUCUGCAUUCAAAGAAAUACCAGAUUUAAAGUCCUUAAUGACAAAGAGCACAACACUGAAUAAUUCUGUGUUUAUUCAAAACAAUUCACUGUCUGAUUUCCAAAACAUUCCAGUGCAAAACAGUUUAGGAAGUUCAAAUAAUCCUUUGCACUUAACUAGCUCAUUGGAAAAUACAACUCUUGAUAAUCUAAAUGCUAGUGAAAAGGCUGAAAUUGGAAGUGUUUCUUUAGGUGAACAAAGUGCUAAGAAUUACAUUUUAAAAAAUGACAACUUAAAGUUUUUCCAGUGUGAAAGUCCAUCCGUAGCCGAACUGUUUCAGGAACACAAAGAAAACAAUCGAAGCCAGUGCUUUACUUUAUCUGAUCUUUGUAACCAGUCAUCUGCCAGUUUUACAGAUCUAAGUUUGGGAUCCUUUCCCCUGUCACAACUAGCAAAUCGCUCUCAAUCUUCAGCUGGAAUAUCAGAAUUAACAGGAUCUCUGUCAUCUUUGGCAUUUCAUAAAGCUGCUCCCAUAAGAGACCUUGAGAAUUUGUCACUUUCUGAUUUGAUUGCAGAAACAAUUGAUGUAGACAACUCUCAGAUUAAGAAAGAUUCUUUUGAUCUCAGUUUAUCUGAAAUGAGGUCUCCUGGAAUAGAUUCAAAUAUUGAUCUUAGUGUCCUUAUAAAAACCCCAGAUUUUGCUCCAAAGCUUUUAGUAGAGCAAUCAGUUGCUCCAGCAUCAGGAACUAAAGUUCCAGGUUCAAAGUUAGGGAAAAAUUCCAGUUUUCCUAAGGAUAUUAAGAAAAACAAUAAAGGCUCUUUGACUAGGAAACCACCUUUUUCUCUCUCUUGGACCAAGUCCCUUGCUGCUAGACCUUCAGCUUUUGCUUCAACACUGUGUCUUCGUUACCCACUGAAAAGCUGCAAGCGACGCACCUUUGACCUUUAUAAGACUUUCCUUUAUAGUAGACAAGUUCAAGACGUAAAGGACAAAGAAAUGAGUCCUCUUGUAGCAAUAACACCAUUUGACUUCAAAUCAGCAUCUCCUGAUGACAUUGUAAAAGCUAAUCAAAAGAAAGCAUUUACUAGAGAAUAGUAACAAAAGGAAAACUUGAUUACUGUUGUAGAGCUUUUUAUUUUUAAUUAAAGUCUUUAUAGGAUCACUUUAUAUUAUGGGAUUCAAGUUGUGAUUUUUACAUUAAAAUUGUCUUAAGUCAGCUGAUAACUUCAGUUGGUAUGUAUUUUUGCACUGAAUUUUUUUUUAUAAUCUUUUAGUGAUUACUGACUUUAACGAGUAUAUGUUUACAAAGUGCAUAUGAAAACUUGAUAUUGUAAAAUCAAACCUCAGAUUUUUAUUUGAAGCAUUCAACUUUAUAAGUUUUUAUAAUGAGAUUUUUUUUCUAUGAAAUAUUUUUGUGCUUUGUUCUUAAACAAAAAUGCCAGCACUUGGGAUUAUUAUAGUUUAAUAUGAAGAUUAUUCUUAUGUGGCAUAGCAUAGCUGAGACAUAUAUUCAAACAGUACUGAUAUCAUUCCGAGUUUCAUUAUUUUUCUGCAGGGAAAUACUAAAAUUUUUGUAUUAGAAAAUCUUAAAAUUCCUGACUUUUAAGACUAUCAUGGAAGUUGUUAAAGUACAUUUUUGAUGAUGAUAAUAUAAAAAUCUUUUAAGGGACCAUGUAAAUAUAGUGGCUGGAUUAAUACAUGAAUUAUUUUUAUACAUUUUCAAAACAUUUGUCCUAAAUGUACUCCUUAAAAUAAAUAUAUAGAAAGUGUUGUCAAGUAUGGUUGCAUGUUCUUCAGAUAGACAUUUUGCCAGAUCUCUUUUUUUCUUUACAAUAAGUAAUGAAGUAUGGAGUUUUCCUUUUUGCUACUGACAGCUGUGUGCCCUACAGUGACAAAGUUUCAGCAAAGGUGGAUCAAAUAAGAGCCCUCUAGUGAGCAGAAUAAGUGGGUAACUAAUCCCUUAAAGCAGUGGUCCUUCGCGAGCAAUCAUAAUCACUGGGGGAAUUAUUUCAAGACAGAUGGUGUGUCUUCACUCCAGAUGUGCCGAAUCAGUCUCUGAGGGAUGGCACUUGGGAAUGUGUAUUUUUAAAAUGAUCCCCAGGUGAAUCUGAUGGAUACUUCUGCUGUAGAACUACUGCCUUAGAGAAAGAAAUCAAUAUAACAGAAUUAUUAAUGCUAAGAAUAACAUCUGACCAACUUGAAUUCAUACUUUCUAGAAAAUACCAAGGAAAAUUGCUAAUUAGAAAUUAUGGUCUUUUGCAUGAAAUGAUAAAGAUAUUAUUAGUAUUCCUUGCCAAAAAAAUACAGUAUUAUCUAUAAUGUUAUUUCUUAAUGAAAAUAAAAUAGCUGGCCUUUUCCCAGUAAAGAAAUAUUGUUCUCCCAUAGCUACUUCAGUAUGCAUAUGGUAAUUUUUUUUUGUUCACUUCUUGUUUCUGUUUAUUUUCAGAAAGACAUUCCAAAAUUUUUAGCUCUGUCUGAUGUUUUUAUAUUCAGUAUUUUGGUGGGAAGAGUUGAAAUGGCAUCAUGUCUUCAUUGUUAUAAGGAAAUACUUUCUGAUUUCUUGUGAUGUCUUCAGGUUUUGUUUUUAACUGCAGAUUUCAAUGCAUAUAAUACUGAUACUUAGGAGAUCAUAUAAAUCACAUGCUAUACUUUCUGAUUGUUUAAAAUGUGAAUUACCCCAACUGCUGAGUUUGUUUUUCUAGUCUUGAACCAUUAUUAAACAUUUUAGUAAUUUUGAACUAUAGUAUAUGAAUCAUCAACUAGAUUUAUGUGUAGGCAGUCUCCAACUUAGAAGUGAAUUAUAAUAUAUUCUGAGUUUGUAACUAACGAUAAUUCCUGAUUAAUUGCUACCUAAGAAAAAGUCCACUUUGCACAUGAAUCCAUGAAUAGUUAACCUAUAUUAUAGUUGAAUAGUGGCACUAUUAUUUUACCUUCUUUUAUAACAAAGUAAUUUUCAAGUGAAAGUACAAUACUUCUAAAGCCAUAUAGCAGACCUUAUAGAGUGAACGAGGUCUCCCUUUGUUAGCUGAUCAGGAUUGUAACUACCAUUUAUGAGAUUCUUUUUGUGGGGAAUAAAAUUAUGUAUUACAGGGUGAUAAGGGAAAUAACAGUAUCUUAAAUAAGUUUCCAGCCUUCCUGUUUCCCUUGUCUUGGCUAUGGGCCUGUCAAGCAUGCACAUGAUAAGCAUUUGCCCUUGUUGACCAAGCGAAUGUCACAGUCUCUGAGAUUUGGAGGGUGGAACCAAGAAGACCACUCCUCCUUCUACCCUUGGCCAUUGGCCCUUGGUAAAAAGAUGAGUGCCUGCUUGUUCUUGAAUAUACUCCUUGUGAUGAUGUUGUUUGCACUAAGUGCAUAUUCUGCACCAGCUACUGUUUAUUGACUGACUGCUGUCUUGGUAGCUCAGGUAUGCUGUUUUGGUUUUUAUUAUUUUUCAGUUCAAAUAUCAAUUUUGAGAUGCAAAGCCAUUUUUAUUUGCAUUAUGAUCAAGUAUAUUAAUAUUUUACUUUAGGAAUAGAAAUAAUUUGUAAUUACAUUCUAAAUGAUAUAAAAUACAUUAAAAAAUUAUCAUUUUGUUCUUCACUCUUUUUGUUCUUUAAGAGAUCUGAUGUUCAUGAAUGUUUUGUCCUUUUGCAUUCUAAAGUCUUUAGUUGGUUCUUUUAGAUAUAGUUCUUCUUACAAUUAACUGCCAAGAACCAGGGUUUCAUUUCUGUACAGAACACUUUCCUUUUCUUUUUGUUUUACCUUUUCCCCUUUUCCUAGUUACUCAGCUGGCAUUUUAACCUCUUUUCUUCCCUUUAGCUUUGAAUUCUUCUUUCUUGAACUUUUACCCUUUUUCUUCUCAUAUAAGUAGUGAUAACUAUUCUCAGUGAUUUAUAUUUAUUAAUAAUUUUUACUACUCAGUGGGAGGUCAUGUAACUAAUUGUCAUAAGAGGGAUAAAACUAGUAAGGUACUCUUUUUUUGUAUAUAAAAGGAAGCACAUAAGGUAAACACAGUCAUAGAGAAAAAUAAUUCUUAUGUGAUUAUUUACCUUUUAAAUUGACCAUGAAUCUAUUUGUGGACCAUUGCAAAUAAACAAGUACAAAUUGUAUAU